AUGUAUCCACACAACUUCCUCCUCACAGCCCUAUCCCUGGGAACGGCUGUCCUGGCCGCACCCGCCGAACUAGUCACUCGCGCAGCCAGGACUAGUGCCCCCUCAGGUUGCCUGACAGUCGGCUCUAACGGGAAGCAUUCGACUAUCGGCGAUGCGCUAGCUGCCCUCGGCUCUUCCUCAGCGGCGGCUUGUAUCUAUGUCGCAAGUGGCACGUAUGAGGAACAGAUUACUAUCAAAUAUGCCGGUGCUCUAACUUUGUAUGGUGAGACUCCUGAUACGGAGACGUACAAGGAGAACACUGUUACCAUUACCCACACGAUCUCUUCGCCCCAGGCUGGCUCGCUGGAUAAGAGUGCUACUGUGAAUGUUGUCGCCAAUGGGUUCAAGAUGCACAACAUCAAUGUGGUGAAUGGGUUUGGGAAAGGUGCACAGGCUGUUGCACUCGUCGCCAAUGCCGAUAAACUCAGUUUCUACGCAUGCCAGUUCUCUGGAUACCAGGAUACCCUAUUGAGGGCAAGAGCCGUGGACUACAUCUUUGGCGCUGCCUCCGCCUGGUUCAAUAACUGUGACAUCGUCUCCAACGGCCCUGGCGCAAUAACCGCCAGUUCCCGCCAGACAACCACCGACGCGACCUGGUAUGCAUUUGACCGCUGCACUGUCAAGGCCGCGUCUAGUGCUGUCCAGGAUGGCACUGUAUUCCUUGGCCGUCCAUGGCGAGUCCUUGCUCGCGUUAUCUACCAGAACUCCAGCCUGCGCAGUGUGGUCAAUGCCAAGGGAUGGACGACAAUGGCGGACGGAGCUACACCACUGUACUAUGAGUAUAAUAAUUCCGGGGCGGGUUCGGAUACUUCUGCGCGCCAGUUCGAGACGCCUAUCUCGGCGGCGGUCACAAAGGAGACUGUUUUGGGAAGUGAUUAUGCUACUUGGAUUUGA